AUGAUAAUCUCCAUUGCAGCUUCAGCUCUUGUAACAUAUACAGCUCCAAAAGCAGCAGGCAGUGGUAUUCCUUUAAUAAAGGCAUACCUAAAUGGAGUAAAAAUUCCAGGUUUAUUGAGGUUACGAACUCUAAUAGCCAAAGGGCUUGGUGUGAUUCUUUCUCUUCUUGGAGGCCUUUUAUGUGGAAAGGAAGGACCAAUGGUUCAUUCUGGUUCCAUUAUAGCUGCUGGUUUUGGUAGAGGCAGAUUGCCAUUUUGUGGAAAAGAUUGCCUGCUAUUUGAAGAAUUACGGUCAGAUCAUGAAAUUCGUGAUCUUGUGUCAGGAGGAGCUGCGGCUGGUGUGUCUGCAGCUUUUGGAGCCCCUGUAGGUGGAACUCUCUUCAGUGUGGAAGAAGCAGCUAGUUUCUGGAGUAAUGAGCUGACAUGGAGAGUGGUUUUUGCUGCCAUGACAGCCACCUUUUUUACCAAUCUAUUCCUCAGUGCAACCAUCGGACAUUUUACCCAGCUAUCCUCACCUGGUUUAGUUCGGAUGCUGAUUGUUAGAUCUUUGGAAACAAUAUUUCUGGAGGAUAUGGCAUUUGACUUGAUAGAAUUUCCGAUUUUUGUCCUCAUGGGUGUAAUAGGAGGGUUAAUUGGUGCUUUAUUUGUUAUAAUCAAUUACAAAUUAACAGUUUUCCGUUACAGAUAUGUCCGUAAAAAAUGGAUGAUGGUAGCAGAAACAGCAUUUAUUGCCAUGGCAACUGCUCUUGCUGGUUUUCUUCUCAUAUAUUCUUUAAAUGACUGCACAACAGCAGAACCUUAUGAUGAACAUCAUGCCACCAUUGCAAAAGUAUUUUGCAAAGGAAAUCAUGAACAUAAUGCUCUUACUUCAUUGUUCCUCAGCACGCCAGAGUCAACAUUAAAAGGAUUAUUGCAUGACAAAGCAGGUUCAUACAGCAUCACUACCUUGUGUAUCUUCUUAGUGGUCUUUUUCUUUCUUUCUGUUUGGACAUAUGGUCUGAGCAUCUCAAGUGGUGUCUUCAUUCCUUGCCUUACAAUUGGGGCAGUUUGGGGCAGGCUUCUUGGCAUUGGAUGCAUGAAACUUUUUCCACACCUAAUUCCAAUAAAUGUCUUCAUUAACAACUCUAUCUAUCUAUCUAUCUAUCUAUCUAUCUAUCUAUCUAUCUAUCUAUCUAUCUACACACAUAAAACCAACAAUUUAGGAAAAUUUGCCUUAUUGGGAGCUGCCUCUCAACUUGGUGGUAUAGUCCGUACCACUGUCAGCAUUAUGGUCAUUUUAGUUGAGUGUACAGGUGACAUCACACUUGGUUUACCAUUAAUGAUGGUACUCAUAAUAUCAAAGUGGGUUGGUGAUUUCUUUUCAACUGGUUUGUAUGAAAUGAACAUUCAUGUUGCAGGAAUUCCAAUGUUACCAUCGGAACCUCCACCAAUGUUUGAAGAUGUGAAAGCAAGUGAUAUUAUGAGCAAACCUGUGGUGUGUGUACAUCCAAUUUGUUCAGUUGGAAAACUUGUUGAUCUUUUAAAAGUUGAGACUUCAUGUGGUUUUCCUGUUGUAGACUUUCCUGACGAGCGGCCAACAUUAAACAUUUCAAGAAAGAGACCAGAAACUUAUGGAAAGAUGAAAGGUUUAAUACUUAAAUCACAACUUCUAGUUCUCUUGAAAUAUAGGAUAUUUGCAGCAGAAGGAGCUGUACAACCAAGAUGCCUUAAAAGUGCAAAAUUCAGGGAUUUUUACAAUGUAAAUUUCACAAUAUCAGACCUUAACAUUACAGAUAGUGAUCGAGAAUGUGUGAUGGAUUUAAGAAAAUAUAUGGCAAACAACCCAUUUACAGUCCACAGUACUUGUUCCUUACCAAGAUUAUUCCGCCUUUUCCGAGGUCUUGGACUACGACACUUAAUUAUAGUGAAUGAUCGGAAUGAGGUGACAGGAAUGGUUUCGCGAAAAGACUUAGCCAAGUUUCGAGCUGAAGCAAAACGUGGAAUUGUCCAGAUUGAAACUCUGGAAAUCUCUGACUUAUAA